AUGGCCACCGUCGUGGUUCAACAGCAACAUGCGUUGCAACACUCGACUCCUCCACCCUCCCCAAUUCCUGCGGCACUCGCGAUUCCCCGCAGAGCCAGCCCAAUUCCCAACAAACAUCUGCCCGUCUGCCCACCGGGCCCGUCACCUCUAGUGGAUGCUCCCUCUUACGACUCUUGGGAAUCCCAUGCGGCGCAUGAACAGACCUCCUCGCUUCUAUCCCCGCCUACCGGGUUUGUUGCCCAUUCGCAGUCCCAGUCACCCUCGAUCUACGCCAUCGAUGCGGAGACCCUGGCCGCAGCACUUCAUCACCAGGCAGCGCAGCCAUUGCCAGAUCCCUCGCAGAUGUUCCCAUGGCUACAUGGACUGCAUCCUGACAACCGCCUCCAGACGGGAUUCUUUGCAAAUCGCAAACGCGGCUUGCGCCGCACCCCCAGGUGCUGGCGAGGGAUCACCAUUGUCAAACUGGGAGGCGAUCUGAGUCGGUCACGGAUCAAGGGUGCUGUGCCCGCUCACGAGGUCAUCACCCCCUCCGGGCGAUUCUUAAUGGCAGACCCCCCGGAAGGAUUCUCGGUGCGAAAUUUCCAGAUUCAGACGGCGAAAUUGGCCGCCAUGUCCGAUAUCGUGGUCUAUGCCGAGGAUGGCGAUUGCAGAUCCGAGCUUUUGGCGCUAGCGGAGGACUUUGUGACAGCGCAGCAGGCGUGGCGGAUGAAGCACGAUGCCGCCCAGGAGCGGCCUGCCUACAACACUUUUGUCUUGACCAGUGAGCUUCCCGCGUCACCCGUCAUGUCUUCUCAUCGUGAUCGCACCGCAGAGGCUGAUUCCUUUGAUCCAGGUAGCUUUGCCGAGUUCGAAAAGGGACACCCCGACCUCGUCGCAAUGGAUAGUAACGGCCUGAAUACCGGCAAAGUCAUGGACUUGUUGCAUUGGGAGCGAUCUGAAAUGCGCAGCAUGUCUCGGGCCUCGGAAAUCUCCAGGAAUGUCUUCCUAGGGCCAACUCCUGAGUACAUACUGAGAGGCCACACGCGCUCAUCCCAAAUGGACGAGCGUUAUGACCUGUUAAUCGAAGCCAGUGAUACAGCUAACAUUCCUGGCCCUCGUCUGCUGGGUAUGAUCGACAGGCAGCUGGAAGGCGGUACUCAACGGAUGGAAUUUCCGUCGUCCGGCUCGAUUGUACUCCCAUCCGGUCACACCAGGGAGGUGGAAGACAUUGUCAACACCAUUCGAUGGAUCUACUACCUCGCGAAUCCGGACCUUCCGGCUGAGACGGCCGACGGAGAUGGCGAGACAGCGACGGGCCACGAGGCAAAGAAAGCUCGUCGGGUCUUGAUUCACUGUGCUGACGGAUACACCGAGAGCUCAUUGCUCGCCAUUGCAUACUACAUGUUCGCUGAAGGUGUUCCUGCCCCAGAAGCCUGGCUCCAGCUGCAUUGCGACAAAAAGCGGAAUUUCUUCACAUAUCCUACAGACGUCGCGCUUUUGAGUCACGUCCAGACACGCCUUUUGCAGGAAAGCCCGGCCACCGAAUCCGUCGACACAUCUUGCAUCUGGGACCCGGACUGGUUCUUGAAGAUGGACGGCUCUUUGCCAAGCCGGAUCUUGCCGUACCUAUACCUGGGGAACCUGAAUCAUGCGAACAAUCCCGAUUUGCUAAGAGCCCUGGGUAUUCACCGAGUGCUGAGUAUCGGAGAAGCGGUCUCCUGGAGUCUCGAGGAACGCUCGAGCUGGGGCAGUGAGAAUCUCAUGUUUAUCCACAAUGUCCAGGACAACGGUAUUGAUCCUCUGUCGGAAGAGAUUGACCGAUGUCUCGAAUUCCUUCGUCAAGGCAAGGACAAUGGGGGCGCGACGCUGGUGCACUGCCGAGUGGGGGUUUCCAGAUCCGCCAGUAUCUGCAUUGCUGAGGUGAUGGCCUCGCAGGGGCUGUCUUUCCCUCGUGCCUAUUGCUUCGUCCGCGCCAGGCGCUUGAACGUGAUUAUUCAGCCGCAUCUUCGUUUCGUCUAUGAGUUGUUGCAAUGGGAGCAACUCCAAAAGCAGAAGCGUGGCCUCCCGUCCAAACGUGAGCUGGAGUGGACGACUGUGUGUCGCGAGAUCGCUCUGCUCAAUAAGCCAUAUGCGCGGACGUAG